AUGGCUCGAAUGAUUCGAUGCUUUCGCAUCUUAUUAUGGUGCAUCUCAUCGCUCUCGAUUUGUCUCUACAUCACCGCCGCAUUGACAGAAAGUUCCAUCAAUCAUCGUAUCAUUCCACGUACCCAAUGUUUGACCUGCAACCCUCACCAGGAGUUCCCGUACCAAAUUUUGAACCAGCUCUCCCAAAUCUCGUUCUUCACUAAAAUCAACUUCGCCGUCGACUUAAGCAUCUUCGUCAUCACCACUUUCAACUUGGCUAAAAACGAUCAGAGUGGUGCUGGUGACUUCCUCAUCUCCAUCGGUGUCUUCUGCAAGAUCUACUUGAUCCCAUACGUCCUCUACAACUUCUUCUCCGGUGUCCACAGCCCAGCCCACAACAUCAACUACCUUCUCAAUAACGAAGUCUGCGGAACUCUUGGAAACUGUCUGAAUGGAAAUGUCGCUCGCAUCUUGUACAGCUGUAUCUCAGUCACCCUCAUCAUGCUGUUCGCCUUCCCAGCUCUCAUCGCCUCCUGGGGAGUCAUGUACAUCAUCUUUGUCCGCUACUUCGAUCAACCACUCCCAAUGGUCACCGAGCGUAUCGAUGAUCUUCCAGCCUACAGCUCCUUGUUUCCAGAUUCCCAGCAACUCUUGAAGAAGGAUGAGGAAUGCUAA